UAUCGAAUACAUCUCACUUCUCACCAUUUUCGGAGCUUUCCGCGAUGGGCGACCAAAGACGGCAAGGACUCCGAGACCGUCCUUCCUGCAAGCCCUGCCGAGACCGCAAAGUCCGCUGCAACCGGAGGCUCCCUUGCUCGCAGUGCACCCGUUUAGAGCUCUCGUGUGUUUUCGAGGCCAGAACGAGGAGAGCACCUGUCAAUGCACGAUCGGUCAAAUCUUCUUCGCCUUCCGACUCGAAUGAAGCGCCGUCUUGUGAAGGCACUGCAGAUCGUCAAGCUACUGGCGGACCAUCAUCUCAUCUUCCAACGGGGCAGACGAUACAGCCAACGAACCAAGACGUUCUUGAUAGACUUGCCCGAGUUGAAGGGCUAUUGUCCUAUCUUGUUUCCACUCUUCGCAAUGGAGCCCCAGUGAGAGACUGGGGUGAGCAGAGUCAACAUGCGACGGACCCCGUUCCGGUCCCGCCAGUCCUGCCAUCACAAGAAGUACUCGUCGGAGAUGGAGAGAGAGGAAAUUUUGUAGAUGACUCGGUCUUCGUUGGGUUGUUCCUCGGGGUGAUAUUUGGAGCAAAUUCUAGUCCGAAAACCACAUGCUGAUAUUUCCUAGGACCCGCCUAGACAGCGGCCCAUCGCCGGCACCAAGACAAGAGAUCCUGUGACCAACGCAACGACUCACCAUAUAUCUCCCCAUUAUGGCAU